AUGAACAGCAUACGGGCAAUCCAGGAGCUCAACAAGCGUGAGCUUGAGAAUGGAGUCUCAACAGAAGCAUCAUGGCAUGCCGACUACCGCGACACGGCCUACAUCUACAUUGGAGGCCUCCCCUUCGAGCUCUCCGAGGGCGACAUAAUUACGAUAUUCUCGCAGUUCGGUGAACCGACCUAUAUCAAUCUCGUCCGGGAUAAGGAAACUGGCAAGUCCCGAGGCUUUGCUUUCCUCAAGUACGAAGAUCAACGGAGCACAGAUUUGGCUGUCGAUAAUUUAGGGGGAACGGUGAUCAUGGGAAGAACAUUGAAAGUGGACCACACAAGAUACAAGAAGAAAGAUGACGAGCCGGAUGAGGGAGUGGAUUUGACCCAAGAGGCAAAGCAAAUCGAGGAGGAUGGGGACGAGGGGAGACAGAAGAGACGAAGGACUAGUGAGAGUGAAGAAGCGAGACCGAUGCUGAAGGAAGAGCAAGAGCUGGUGAGAUUGAUUCAGGAUCAUGAUGAGGAAGAUCCAAUGAAGGCGUUCUUGGUUCAAGAGAAGAAGGAAGAAGUGGCAUUGGCAUUGACACGGGUGAAGGAUAGGAAGAAGUCCGAGAAGUCUCAUAAGCACCGACAUCAUCACAGGUCACGGCGAGAAAAGGAUGAAGAUGAAGUAGAGGGCAGUCGGCAUUCUAGCUACCGAAAGGAAAGGUGGGAACGAAAGAGAUCCCGCUCCCGAGAGACUUCUCCUGUUGAUGCUGGAUCAAGUUCUCGUAGAAAACGACAGGAUGGAGAUGAUAGAGCCGAAGAGUACAAGUCAAGGAGGCGUAGUCCAAGGAGGGAUAGUCGGGAGAGAGAUACCACGAGACAGAGGAGAAGAGAUGACUCGCGAAACAACUACCGUCGUCGUUCAAGAAGAGACUCUUAA